AUGCGCGAUAUAUUCCUUCCUAGACCAAGAACUCUUAAUUAUCUCCUUGCUGUUUGGUUGCUUUUACCUACUGUUACCGUCUUUCCUUCUGCCAUUCUCUCAGGAAUUUAUAGAGAUCAGGGUAAUUCCAAUGUAGCCGAUCAUUGGACUUCAACUCAAUAUAUUAUCUAUUUUUUCAUUGAUUCGAUAUUUGCUAGUGUUGGUGCUUAUUAUGGAAUUAACUUUAUGUUAAUACUUCGAGGUUCAAUGAAACAAUUUAAUCGUAAAUCAGCUAAUUGUCAUCAAUCAAAGAACGGAACACGCGAAGCUCUUGAACGUCUUAAAUAUACUAUGAUAUACCUUGCAGUUCUUCCACUUGUCUCUGGACCUGUAUGGGGAAUGUAUGGUCUUUUCCGUGUCAGAAUGAUUUCUUCUAUGAAUAUAGCAAAUAUUUUAAUGUCUGCUAUGUGGCAUGCAGCUGGUCCUCAACCUUUAAUAGCAGUAUGUCAAUAUUUAUUAGCAAAACGUGUUUAUCAACAUUAUAUGGGUAAACCUUCUUCUUCACAAAAUGGUUCAACAAAUUCACAUUCGAAUUUAACAAUUUCACAAAGACCAACAUUAGCUAGAUCCCCUACUUCAAAUACUUUUGGCGAAUAUAUUGCUAAUGAACCUAGUCCUAAUUCAUCAGAAGAUUUUGCUAUAGAUUUAAAACCUAUUCAAAAUGAUCUUAAUGAGAAUAAUUUGGUAGGAACGGAUUUUGCUGUAAGCGUACCUGCACCAGCUUAUGGAUCGGAACAUGAUGUAGGACGGCGAGCUUAA